AUGACUACAGAUGCCCUGCCUGUUGAUCCGGGCAAGGCUCAGGUCAUAGACCGGGUGCCCAAGGUUAUCAAGGAGAUCAAUUUUGGCGUCCUUUCAAAUCAAGAUAUCAUCAGCCAGGCGCACGUUGAAAUCUCGGACAGAAAGCUUUUCGACCUCGAUAACAACCGCGCGGUAGCUCGAAAUGGCCCCAUGGACCCUCGUCUUGGUAUAUCCAAUAAGUCAGAUACUUGCGAAACUUGUGGUGGUGAUUUACAAGAAUGCAAUGGGCAUUUCGGAUACGUUCGACUCGUCUUGCCUGCCUUCCAUGUCGGAUACUUUAAGCGCACUAUCGAAAUAUUGCAGGAUAUCUGCAAGGAUUGCUCUAAGAUUUUAUUGCCGGAGGAUGAGAGACGGUCAUAUUUGAAGGAGUUACGGCGACCUGGGCUGGAUAACUUAAGACGUAUGCAGAUAAAUAAACGCAUCAACGUUAGAUGCCGAAAGACGCCUGUGUGCUACUACUGCAAUGCAAUCAAUGGCACUGUCAAGAAAGCUAGUACUGGCGCGUUAAAGAUUGUACACGACAAAUUCCGGGCGUUCAAUGCUUCGUUGUCGGCUAAGAAAAUUCCUCCUCCAAGCAAGCUUGCCUUUGAUCGAUCCUUCGAAGAAGCAAAAAAAUCUAAUCCGGAUAUCGAGAAGCACUACAGGCGGGUAUUUGAUGACCUAAACCCACUUCGAGUGCUCAAGCUGUUCCGCCGGAUCUCAGAUGAAGAUUGUGAGCUACUUAGCUUAAACGUCGAUGAGGCACGGCCGGAAUACUUUCUUUGGCAGUUCAUACCUGCUCCCCCUGUUCCUAUUCGACCAUCCGUGGGCCAGGAGGGAGCUAGUACGGAGGAUGAUCUUACUGCGAAACUGGGGGAUAUCGUUCAGAGUAAUCUGAACUUAAAAAUGGCGCUGGAUAAAGGUGCCCCCGUUCAGACGAUUAUUGAAUGUUGGGAUUAUAUGCAGCUUCAGAUUGCGGUAUAUAUUAACAGUGAUAUUCCAGGACUACAAAAUACGGAUUCCAAAAAGUCUAUUCGAGGACUGUGCCAGAGAUUAAAGGGGAAACAAGGAAGAUUCCGAGGAAAUCUGUCGGGAAAGCGUGUUGAUUUUUCGGGACGAACUGUCAUUUCACCGGACCCUAACCUGCGAAUUGACGAAGUUGCUGUUCCACAGCUGGUGGCGAUGAACAUGACAUAUCCAGAACGGGUAACAAGAUAUAACAAGGAAAAGCUACGCCAGUGUGUUCGAAAUGGCACGAAAACCUGGCCAGGCGCAAAUUACCUGAUAAAACAAGGCAACUCGUUCAGGCUCUUUUUGAAAUACGGUAAUCUGAACAUGAUAGCGAAUCAGCUUAGCGAAGGGGACAUAGUUGAGAGGCACUUAGAGGACGGGGAUAUUGUUCUUUUCAACCGUCAACCAUCACUUCACAAGCUCAGUAUCCUCUCCCACUUUGUCAAGGUCAGGCCGCACAGGACAUUCCGGUUGAACGAGUGUGUUUGCAACCCAUACAACGCUGAUUUUGAUGGCGAUGAGAUGAAUUUGCACGUUCCCCAGACGGAAGAAGCAAGGUCUGAAGCGAUGGAGCUUAUGGGAGUUAAGAACAAUUUGGCUACACCAAAGAACGGAGCGCCAAUUAUUGCUGCUAUCCAGGAUUUUAUCACCGCAGCCUAUCUUCUCAGCAGUAAGGAUAAUUUCUUUGACAGAAAAACCUUCACUCAAAUAUGUUUAUCUAUGCUUGACUCUAGCACCCGGCUUGAGCUCCCACCACCAGCAACACUGAAGCCACAGAUGCUCUGGACCGGCAAACAGGUGUUCAGUGUUCUCAUGAGGCCAAAUAAAGACAGUCCCGUCAAGGUCAACCUUGACGCAGCAUGUCGUCAAUUCAAGCGUGUCAAGGAUCAGCCUAGGGAUCUAUGCGAGAAUGACGGGUGGCUCUGUAUUCGCAACUCGGAAAUGUUAUGCGGCGUUGCAGACAAAUCAACAAUCGGAGAUGGAAGAAAAGAUAACAUCUUCUUCGUUAUCCAAAGGGAUUUCGGUCCCGCUGCAGCGGCAGAAGCGAUGAAUAGGUUAUCAAAACUUUCCGCUAGGUGGUUGACAAACAAAGGCUUCUCCAUCGGUAUAACGGAUGUGUACCCCGGCACCGGCCUUGUUAAGCUUAAGGACACACUAAUUGACAAUGCCUUCAAGCAGUGCGACGAUCUGAUCAUUAAAGCUAGCAAGGAGAAGCCCCAAAAGGGUAAAUCUGACAGUCGACAAACGGCAGAGAACGAAAUCACCGGUAUUCUUAACAAACUCCGACAACAGGCUGGUGAAUACUGUAUUUCCGAACUUAGCAAGCAUAACGCGCCCCUAAUCAUGGCAAAAUGCGGCUCAAAGGGAUCCGACAUUAACGUAUCUCAGAUGGUAGCUGUCGUCGGACAACAAUCCAUUGAAAAUUCCCGUGUCUCCAAAGGUUUCCAAGAUCGAACCCUACCUCAUUUCCCUCGGCAUUCCCAGCAUGCUCUCGCAAAGGGUUUUGUGCGAAAUAGUUUUUUUUCCGGACUCACUCCUACAGAAUUUCUCUUCCACGCAAUGUCUGGUCGGGAAGGUCUAAUUGAUACCGCCGUCAAGACUGCAGAGACAGGUUACAUGUCUCGAAGACUUAUGAAAUCUCUUGAAGACCUGUCUACUCGGUAUGAUAAUACAGUUCGAGACUCGUCUUCCUUCGUCAUCCAGUUCCAGUAUGGAGACGAUCAACUGGAUCCUGUCAACAUGGAAGCUUCCGCUAAGCCUGUCCAUUUCGAACGUACCUUUACACAUGCUGAGAGUACUACAUAUGACAGGAAUGACAGAGGCCUCUCCGCAGACGAGAUAAUGGCUCUAUGUGAGGAGCUCCUAGCUCCUGAGCGUAAGAAGUUAGCUCGGUUCGAUUUACUAGGGAAUACCCUCCCUUAUACUGCUGAAAAUGAUUUUGCUACCGACCAGUGGGAAAGCAAUCGUGACUUCUUGAGUUCGAUUGAAGAGUUCGUAGCAAAUAAGGCUGAACAACUUAGAUCUAUUGAUGGGGAAGAAAGCAAGGGGCAGAUGGCAUUUACACACACUGGCAAACUGUCCGCCAGAACACUGAAAGCUUUCAUUGCCUCAUGUUUAGAUAAAUAUAUGCGUGCUCACGUUGAGCCUGGCCACAGUAUAGGAGCCAUUGGUGCACAGUCCAUUGGCGAACCCGGCACCCAGAUGACGCUGAAAACUUUCCAUUUCGCUGGUGUCGCUGGUAUGAGUAUCACUCAGGGUGUACCGCGCAUUAAGGAAAUCAUCAAUGCAUCAAAGGAAAUUAGUACACCGAUUAUCACUUGUGAGCUUACGAACAAGACGGACAUGCGUGCAGCUGAGAUCGUCAAAGGCCGCAUUGAGAAGCUUUUCCUCAAGGAUAUCGUCUACUACAUUGAAGAGAUCCGUUCUGAGUCUACCUCGUUUAUCAAAAUCAAGGUUGAUUUCUCGACAAUUGACAAACUGCAGCUCGAGAUAACGUUACCUCAAAUUCUCCUUGCUAUCAAGAAGCACAAGGCGUUCAAGGCUGCUGAUCUUAGAUUCCAGACUUACCACUCGCAUAUCCAUAUCUAUGUGGAUGAAGGUGCCUCCAUGGCAGGCGUUUCAGUCUCCGAACUCAAGAUCACUGGUUCGGAUCCGUAUAUUCGAAUCAACUACCUGAGGCGAAUUCUUCCUAACAUCCAGGUUUUUGGCUAUCCGGAUUGCGCGCGAGCUGUCAUCCGUGUCGGAGAAAAAGUUGCCACCAACAUUCUCUUGGUCGAAGGAUAUGGCCUUCGAGCCUGCAUGACCACUGAUGGAGUUGAUGGCCACCGUACCCGCACCAACCACAUCAUGGAAAUGCGGGAUGUGCUCGGCAUUGAGGCGGCGCGUACGACUAUCAUCGACGAGAUCAGCUCUGUCAUGUCUGGCAUGUCAAUCGAUCCUCGCCACAUGCAGCUUCUUGCUGAUGUUAUGACAUAUAAAGGCGAGGUACUUGGAAUUACCCGUUUCGGACUGGCCAAAAUCCGCGACUCGGUCCUUCAGCUGGCCAGUUUCGAAAAGACUGCGGAUCAUCUCUUUGAUGCCGGUGGUGCGGGCAGACGCGAUGCUGUGCAGGGAGUGUCGGAAUGUAUCAUUAUGGGUAAGACCAUUUCACUGGGCACAGGUAGUAUGGAAGUCGUUCGAGAUCUGAAGCUUCUUGACAGCCAUGUGGGCAAGAAGAAGACGGUGUUCGAUGACGCCUGGAAAGAUAUCUGUGAGCCGAGGCAGAGAAGGCGGGCUCUUCCCCGUACGGCUAUGGCUUGCUAG